GACCAAAUAUGGCACCUACAGUUGUUUUUCAAAUAGAAUUCUAGAACAGAAUGUUACCGUGACAACUCUGAUGUCAUCAUUCUGAAGGUAUAAAUUGAGCUGUAGGCACUAACACCACUUCAAAAGAAAUCAGACAUUGAGCGUGCAGCAUCUUAACAUGAAGUGGUGUAUUCUGAACUGUAUUAGGCCGCCAGCGGCACCAAAUGACCCUGGGGAAGAUACAGAAAUGAAGGAGGAAAGAAAAAGGAAGGCCAAAGGAGGAAAAAUAAAAUCCUGGCUAAAGAAGUUUUUCACAAAUAAAGGAAAAGGAAAAAAGGCAAUGGAGGAGGAGAGCCAGGCAGUGGUGGUGGAGGAGGAGGAGAGCCAGGCAGUGGUUGUGGAGGAGGAGGAGAGCCAGGCAGUGGUGGUAGUGGAGAGCCAGGCAAUGGUGGUGGAGGAGGAGGAGAGCAAGGCUUUGACUUUCAUAAUGGAAGAGGAGGAGUACAAGGUGAUGGAGGAGGAGUUCAAGGCAAUGGAGGAGGAGGAGAGCAAGGGAUUGGAGGAGGAGGAGAGCAAGGCAAUGGAGGAGGAGUACAAGGUGAUGGAGGAGGAGUUCAAGGCAAUGGAGGAGGAGGAGAGCAAGGGAUUGGAGGAGGAGGAGAGCAAGGCAAUGGAGGAGGAGGAGUACAAGGUGAUGGAGGAGGAGGAGAGCAAGGGAUUGGAGAAGGAGGAAAGCAAGGCAAUGGAGGAGGAGGAGUACAAGGUGAUGGAGGAGGAGUUCAAGGCAAUGGAGGAGGAGUUCAAGGGAUUGGAGGAGGAGUACAGGGCAAUGGUGGAGGAGAGCAAGGCAAUGGAGGAGGAGGAGAGCAAGGCUUUGACUUUCACAAUGGAGGAGGAGGAGAACAAGGCAAUGGCAGAGGAGUGCAAGGCAAUGGCAGAGGAGUGCAAAGCAAUGGCGGAGAAGUGCAAAGCAAUGGAGGAGGAGGAGAGCAAGGCAAUGGAGGAGGAGGAGUACAAGGUGAUGGAGGAGGAGUUCAAGGCAAUGGAGGAGGAGUUCAAGGCUUUGACUUUCACAAUGGAGGAGGAGGAGAACAAGGCAAUGGCAGAGGAGUGCAAGGCAAUGGCAGAGGAGUGCAAAGCAAUGGCGGAGAAGUGCAAAGCAAUGGAGGAGGAGGAGAGCAAGGCAAUGGAGGAGGAGGAGUACAAGGUGAUGGAGGAGGAGUUCAAGGCAAUGGAGGAGGAGUUCAAGGGAUUGGAGGAGGAGUACAGGGCAAUGGUGGAGGAGAGCAAGGCAAUGGAGGAGGAGGAGAGCAAGGCUUUGACUUUCACAAUGGAGGAGGAGGAGAACAAGGCAAUGGCAGAGGAGUGCAAAGCAAUGGCGGAGAAGUGCAAAGCAAUGGAGGAGGAGGAGAGCAAGGCAAUGGAGGAGGAGGAGUACAAGGUGAUGGAGGAGGAGUUCAAGGCAAUGGAGGAGGAGUUCAAGGCUUUGACUUUCACAAUGGAGGAGGAGGAGAACAAGGCAAUGGCAGAGGAGUGCAAGGCAAUGGCAGAGGAGUGCAAAGCAAUGGCGGAGAAGUGCAAAGCAAUGGAGGAGGAGGAGAGCAAGGCAAUGGAGGAGGAGGAGUACAAGGUGAUGGAGGAGGAGUUCAAGGCAAUGGAGGAGGAGUUCAAGGGAUUGGAUAAGUGGUACAGGGCAAUGGAGGAGGAGAGCAAGGCUUUGACUUUCACAAUGGAGGAGGAGGAGAACAAGGCAAUGGCGGAAGAGUGCAAGGCAAUGGCAGAGGAGUGCAAAGCAAUGGCGGAGAAGUGCAAGGCAAUGGAGGAGGAGGAGAGCAAGGGAUUGGAGGAUGAGUACAAGGCAAGGGAGAAAAUGAUGGAAGAAGUGUAGUGUGUAGUGUAAGACUGAACAUAGUCAAUAUGUUCUAUCAGUACUACUUAAACAUGUAAAUACUUGUAAAUACUUAUAAAUAAAGCAUUAAAAAUGAA